GCUGGCUCUUAGGCAAACAAGGUGGCUGGUACUGUCAGCGAAAUUUACAGCUUUACUAAAAGAGGCAUUCCCCCCAUACACCCCAAGAGAUAUCCUGAGGCAUAAGCCAGGCCCUGGAACCUUCAGUGCUGGAUUCUGGUCUUUGUGUUGGGUUUAAUCUGCCUCCCCGUCCCAAAAAGGCAACAAGCAGGCUGCUGGGAAGACCUGCCAGGAAGGACAGAAGCAAUGGGUCCUUUACCAGACUGUUUGCUGAACAAAUACAUGACAAUCUUGCAAAUGGGAUGGGAGGACCCUCAAAACCUGGAGCGCUCGGGAGUGUUCCCUCUCAUGUUUUAUUGCACCCAUUCGCUUAUAUUGUGCCUGUAUUUAAAAAGAAAAUGAGGUAAAGGACUGUACAAUGUGUACCUAGAGAAAUACGGCCCUGGGAGGGCCCGCCUCUAUUUUAAUGUCACCAGUGUGUGCCAUAGGAAGUGUCGGCGAUAGGUAGGGAAGUGGACAUAACAUUAUCUCCUGGGGGAGGAGCCGAAAGCGCGACACCGAAGCCGGCUCGGGAAAUCUCGGGGUGCUCUGGGAGUUAGGCGGGAGGCGCCCCGCACCUGCAGUCUUUGCUUCCGGCCCGCAGGAACUCUCACUGCACGGUUGUGGCGGAGUCCAGUCCAGUUUACCGAAAAGAUUCCUGCGACGACAUUCGGCCUCCAGCAGCCACUGGGGCGUCACGCAGUGCACCCAGUGGUCCCAGGAUCUCACUCCAGGCCUGUGAGCAGACCCUACAUUUGCCUCAGGUGAAGGAAAUACUCAUGGCCAGGUGGCUUAAGGAAUGCUGUUGAAAAGAACAGACAACAAGGUUACUGGGACAACUGAAAAAAGCAAGUUUGCUUGCAGAAACCGUCAUCUGAGGAUGUCAUUUGUGUCUGAUGAAGGAGAGGGAAAAAGCGCACUAUAGCCCAAGGCUCUGUGUCGUCUUUGUUUUGGUGACAAUGGAGUUGGCCUUGCACCAGUCUUCCCGGUGAGCCUCAGAGCUUCCUGUCUCUGUGGACAUGAGUGACCCUCGGCAGUUGCAAACAGAAAAGCACAAGCUUGGCCAAGCCUUCUCCAAGUUCAAGGACUCUCCCAGAAUCAUGCAGUCGGAUGAUUAUUUUGCUCGAAAAUUCAAAGCCAUUAACGGCAACAUGGGACCUCCUACUUCUUUAAAUGCCCCUGGUCCCAGUGAGAGUGGCAGUGGUCCAGCCAACGGUACCCCCGCUGUGCCUAAAAUGGGCGUGAGGGCCAGGGUGUCAGAAUGGCCUCCUAAAAAAGACAGCUCCAAGGAACUGCCCUGCAGGACACUGUGGGAAAGCCGCUCGCAGUCCAGCUACGAGAGUGUCACUGCCAUCCUGCAGAAUGGGCAGAAUGACCAGGGCAGCAGUCAGCAAGAGGAGCACCUGGAUCUGGACUUCGUAGAGGCCAAGUACACCAUCGGAGACCUCUUUGUUCAUACUUCCCAGAGAGGGCUCCACCCCAUACGACAGAGAAGCAACAGUGAUGUCACCAUCAGUGACAUCGACACCGAGGACGUCCUCGACCAACGUGCAGUGAACCCCAACACAGGGGCCGCCCUGCACAGGGAGUAUGGGAGCACAUCAUCCAUCGACAGGCAGGGCUUGGCUGGAGAGAACUUUUUUGCUAUGCUCCGUGGGUACCGGGUAGAGAAUUAUGACCCCAAAGGCAUGGGUCCCUUUGGGUUCCCCGAUUUCUUCCCCUGCGACCCCGCAAUCUCUCCCAGCCUUCAUGCCGCAACACAGAUUUCUAGGGGAGAGUUUGUCCGCAUCUCAGGAUUGGACUACAUGGAUGGCGCCUUCCUGGUGGGGAGGGACAGGGACAAACCUUUCAAGCGCAGGUUGAAAUCUGAGUCUGUGGAAACAUCGCUCUUCCGAAAGCUGCGGACCGUGAAAAGUGAGCACGAGACCUUCAAGUUCACGUCUGACCUCGAGGAAGGCCGUCUGGACCGGGGCGUUCGCCCUUGGAGUUGUCAGCGGUGCUUUGCCCAUUACGAUGUCCAGAGCAUCCUGUUUAAUGUCAACGAGGCCAUGGCCACCAGGGCAAGUGUGGGGAAAAGGAAGAACAUCACUACCGGAGCUUCCGCCGCCUCUCAGACCCCCGUGGCCACGGGCCCUGCUGGCGGCUGUGAGUCCCCCCUGGGCAGCAAGGAGGACCUCAACUCCAAGGAGAACCUGGAUGCCGACGAGGGUGAUGGGAAGAGCAACGACCUGGUCCUCAGCUGCCCUUACUUCCGGAAUGAGACUGGCGGGGAGGGUGACCGGCGCAUUGCCCUCUCCAGGGCCAACUCGGCCUCCUUCAGCGCAGGCGAGAGCUGCUCCUUCGAGUCCUCCCUCAGCUCACACUGCACCAACGCGGGGGUCUCCGUGCUGGAGGUGCCUCGGGAGAACCAGCCCAUUCACCGGGAGAAGGUCAAGCGGUACAUCAUCGAGCACAUCGACCUUGGGGCCUACUACUACCGCAAGUUCUUCUACGGGAAAGAGCACCAAAACUACUUUGGAAUAGAUGAAAACCUCGGGCCAGUGGCAGUCAGUAUCCGGAGGGAGAAGGUGGAAGACGCCAAGGAGAAAGAAGGGUCCCAGUUCAACUACCGGGUGGCUUUCAGGACGAGUGAGCUGACCACCCUAAGAGGAGCCAUCUUGGAGGAUGCUGUGCCCUCCACCGCCCGGCACGGCACCGCCCGGGGCCUCCCUCUCAAGGAAGUGUUGGAGUACGUCAUCCCAGGGCUGAGCAUCUCAUGCCUGCGACAGGCUUCCAGCUCCCCCAAGGUCCCAGAGCAGCUGCUCAAGCUCGACGAGCAAGGACUGAGCUUUCAGCACAAAAUUGGGGUCCUUUACUGCAAAGCAGGCCAGAGCACAGAGGAGGACAUGUACAACAACGAGACGGCGGGGCCGGCCUUGGACGAGUUCCUCGACCUCCUCGGCCAGAGAGUGCGGCUGAAAGGGUUCAGCAAGUACCGCGCCCAACUGGACAACAAGACUGACUCCACGGGAACCCACUCCCUGUACACCACGUACAAGGACUAUGAGCUCAUGUUCCACGUGUCCACGCUUCUUCCGUACAUGCCCAACAACCGGCAGCAGCUUCUGAGGAAGAGGCACAUCGGGAACGACAUCGUCACCAUUGUCUUCCAGGAGCCUGGGGCACUUCCCUUUACCCCAAAGAGCAUCCGCUCACACUUUCAGCACGUCUUCAUCAUCGUGAAAGUGCAUAACCCAUGUGCAGAGAACGUGUGCUACAGCGUUGGAGUUUCCAGAUCAAAGGAUGUGCCGCCAUUCGGCCCCCCAAUCCCCAAAGGCGUCACUUUCCCAAAGUCAGCAGUGUUUCGGGACUUCCUUUUAGCCAAAGUAAUCAAUGCAGAAAAUGCAGCCCAUAAAUCAGAAAAAUUCCGAGCCAUGGCCACACGAACGAGGCAGGAGUACUUGAAGGACCUAGCCGAGAACUUCGUCACAACCGCCACAGUGGACACCUCUGCGAAAUUCAGCUUCAUCACCCUGGGUGCAAAGAAGAAGGAGAGGGUGAAACCCAGGAAGGACGCUCAUCUGUUCAGCAUUGGGGCCAUAACAUGGCAUGUGGUGGCACGGGACUUUGGCCAGUCGGCGGACAUAGAGUGUCUUCUUGGGAUUUCCAACGAGUUCAUCAUGUUGAUUGAAAAGGACUCCAAGAAUGUGGUGUUUAACUGUUCCUGCAGGGAUGUUAUCGGGUGGACCUCCGGAUUGCUGAGUAUCAAGGUGUUCUAUGAACGGGGAGAGUGCAUCCUCCUGUCCUCAAUGGACAACUGUGCGGAAGACAUACGGGAAAUCGUGCAGCGAUUAGCAAUAGUGACAAGAGGCUGCGAGACCGUAGAAAUGACCCUGCGGAGGAACGGGCUAGGCCAGCUCGGCUUCCACGUGAACUUCGAGGGCAUUGUGGCUGACGUGGAGCCCUUUGGCUUUGCGUGGAAGGCGGGCCUGCGCCAGGGCAGCCGCCUUGUGGAGAUCUGCAAAGUGGCCGUGGCCACGCUGACGCACGAGCAGAUGAUUGACCUGCUGCGGACUUCCGUGACGGUCAAGGUGGUCAUCAUUCAGCCCCACGACGACGGCUCGCCCAGGAGGGGGUGUUCAGAGCUGUGUCGGAUCCCCAUGGUGGAAUACAAGCUGGAUAGCGAGGGCACACCCUGCGAGUACAAGACCCCGUUCAGGAGGAACACCACGUGGCACCGCGUGCCCACCCCUGCCCUGCAGCCUGUCUCCAGAGCCUCACCCGUGCCCGGCACACCUGACCGCCUGCAGUGCCAGCCACUGCUGCAGCAGGCCCAGGCUGCCAUCCCCCGCAGCACCUCCUUCGACCGGAAGCUGCCUGAUGGCACAAGAAGUUCUCCCAGCAACCAGUCAUCCUCCAGCGACCCAGGACCCGGCGGGAGCGGACCCUGGAGACCGCAAGUGGGAUAUGACGGGUGCCCGUCCCCUCUGCUGCUCGAGCACCAGGGCCCAGGUGCUUUGGAGUGUGAUGGAGCCAGGGAGCGUGAGGAAGUCAUGGAAGGAGGCAGGCACCCAGAAACCAAAUGGCAUGGCCCACCUUCUAAACACUUGAGUUCCUACAAAGAAAGAGCCCUGCAGAAAGAUGGCAGCUGCAAAGACUCCCCUAAUAAGCUUUCUCAUCUCGGAGACAAAAGCUGCUCCAGCCCCUCCAGCAGCAAUACGCUGUCCAGUAACACAUCCAGCAACAGCGAUGACAAGCACUUUGGCUCAGGGGACCUGAUGGACCCCGAGUUGCUGGGGCUGACCUAUAUCAAAGGGGCCUCCACGGACAGCGGCAUCGACACGGCUCCAUGUCUGCCAGCUGCCAUCCUCGGCCCUGUACACCUGGCAGGCAGCCGGUCCCUGAUGCACAGCCGGGCCGAGCAGUGGGCCGAUGCAGCCGACAUCUCGGGACCCGAUGACGACCCAGCCCCGAUGUACAGCAUGCAUGGCUACGCCACUGCCAUCUCCACCAGCGACGCUGCCAACGGGAGCAUGGGUGACCUCAGCGAGAUAUCGUCUCAUUCCAGUGGUUCUCACCAUUCGGGAAGCCCCUCAGCCCACUGUUCCAAAAGCAGUGGGUCCCUGGAUACUUCCAAAGUCUACAUUGUGUCUCACAACGGCGGUCAGCAGGUUCCCGGCUCCAUGUCCAAGUCCUACCACAGACAAGGGGCAGCGAACAAGUAUGUCAUCGGCUGGAAGAAGUCAGAAGGCAGUCCGCCACCUGAGGAGCCCGAAGUGACCGAGUGUCCCGGGAUGUAUGGUGACAUGGACGUCAUGCCCACGGCAGCUCAACAUCAGGCCAUGGUGGGAGACGCCGCCUCAGAGACACAGCACGUUCUCUCUAAAGAAGACUUCCUGAAGCUCAUGCUUCCUGACAGCCCCUUAGUAGGGGAGGGGAGAAGAAAGUUUUCCUUCUACGGGAACCUGUCUCCGAGGAGGUCCCUGUACCGCACCCUGUCUGACGAGAGCGUCUGCAGCAACCGGAGGGGCUCGUCCCUUUGCGGCUCCCGCAGCUCCAUCCUCGACCAGGCCCUGCCCAACGACAUCCUGUUUAGCACCACGCCGCCCUACCACAGCACACUGCCUCCAAGGACCCACGCCGUGCCCAGCAUGGGAAGCCUGCGCAAUGAGUUCUGGUUCUCUGAUGGGUCCUUAUCGGAUAAGUCCAAGUGCGCAGAUCCUAACCUGAUGCUACUCCCAGACACGGCCACGGGCUUGGAUUGGUCCCACCUCGUGGAUGCUGCACGGGCAUUUGAAGGUCUUGACUCAGAUGAAGAACUUGGGCUGCCCUGUCACCACACGUCCUAUCUAGACCAGAGAGUGGCCUCUUUCUGCACCCUAACAGACCUGCAGCAUGGGCAGGACUUGGAAGGAGCCCCAGACCUGCCCCUGUGUGUGGAUCCUGGUAGCAAGGAGUUCAUGGAUGCAGCUGGGGAGCGCUCCCCGUCCACACUGACUGGGAAAGUAAACCAGCUGGAGCUGAUUCUCCGACAGCUGCAGACUGACCUCCGCAAGGAGAAGCAAGACAAGGCAGUCCUGCAAGCAGAGGUGCAGCACCUGCGUCAGGACAACAUGCGGCUGCAGGAGGAAUCCCAGACCGCCACAGCCCAGCUGCGCAAGUUCACGGAAUGGUUCUUCAGCACCAUCGACAAGAAGGCCUGACCGCCUGGCCGCGCCUGGCCGCGGGCUGCACAACCCGCCUGCGUGGUUUUCCCAUGUGCUUGCCGCCACCCGUAGACAUUUGGCUGUCCCUCCUGUAGCGCCACUCACCCCAGCAGGACAGGGAGCCUGGACUCCUUCCAGGUACCACAGUGGGAGCAGCACCCGUGGGAAGAUGAAUGUAAGUCCUGGUGGAGGCGAAUGGAGCUGGUGCCAGCUGAGAAGCCCCUGGCUGGGCUCCCCGGAGGAGGUGUGCCAGGCAUCACCUCCUACCCCAGGUGACCUUCAGAGGUGGGAAAGCAGUGUACCAUAGUGGGGCUUCAGCACUGUAAAAUAAACACGGGCAGAUACUGAGGCAUAUACUUAAAUGUUAAAGGUGCUCUAUUUUUUUGGAUGUACAGCAGUUUUAUUUCCACAUUACCAUAGCAAUAAGAAGGGAGGCGUAGUACAGAGGGAGAAGCUUUGUCCUUCCAGAAAGCACUGGCGUGAUUACCACUAGUUCGAAAUGCUAUUACUGUAGAGACUUAUUUAUUUUGCAGGAACAAAUGGUGCCUGAAUAUUAACAGUGUUCUGAUUUUUUUUUUAAAAAGAUACAUAUGCUUUGUAAAUGGGUCUACUUGUCAGUAGUCACUGCAGCUCGUAGUUCGCUUUUGUAUAGUUGCUCUGCUGGAAGAAAAAAACCCUCCAUCUGCUUUACUCACUAGAGCUCUGUGUGCUGAGAGCUGGCGGAAUCCCGUGUACAGUGCCAGAAUUGUCUGUCUUUGUACAGAAGCGCUGAUGAAGUGUCUUGUAUUUAACACCCCUAUUUAAGCUUAUUUAACCUUAAAUUGUUAAUUUUAUAAGAUGUGGUUUUAUCUGCACUACGAUAAGGGAGGCAGGCAGGGCCCGCUCAGCCACCCGAGCUCACCUGGGACAGACAGAGCAGGGGAGAAGUGAGAGACUGCUGCUGGUUACAUGCUGUUUGUGUUGCUUUUCCAUUUUUAACUGUUAU